AUGCACCUCCUCAGCAUUGUACAGCGUGAUCGCACUUUGUUCGAGAAGUCCAUUAGAGCUGCGGAUAUUUUAAUAACUAACAAGCUGGAUAGUUUCCGUAGCACGACAAUCUCACAUGCAUACGUUUAUGGCGAAAUCCUCACUCAACUAACCCAUCCCACUUGUACUAAAGCAUUUCUUGAUGGAACUGAUGGAGCUGUAACCCUAACACAAAAAGAAUUGGAUGGUCUUAACCGCUUGAGAUGGGCGUUCUUCCCUUCCUACUGUGAUUGCGAAUCAUUGGAACAAGUGGAAACAAGAGCUGAUGAAGCGUCUUAUAUUGUUGCUGCCAUUCUGAAUGGAAGUAACGCGGUUGUGGAUAAACAGUCGGAAUUGCGGGGGCAUGAAGCUCUUACACUGCUCGAGAAAGUUAAACAGUCGGACUUCUUUUCGUCAGGAUCAUGGCCAAUGGGAGUUGACGAUGAAUAUACCGAUUCGGAAGAUCCUUCUGCAUUACCUUCGAUUCCUGAAUCACAGAAUGAGGGCGAGAGUCCACAGCCGUCGUUCAAUAACACUGAUACAGAAAAUGACAAUUCUUUACCUAUCAGUGAGGACGCGAACAUCAAGACUGGUGAUUCCGAGAUAGUUGCCUCUGAAGAAAUCAAAAGUGUUGUGAAUUCUAUUGCUUCGGAAGAAGCUGUCGGCGAACAAACUUCAAACUCAUCUCCGGUUUCUGCUCCGACCACGGAAAUUAAUGACGAUCAUAAUGACUCUACGAAUAUGUCUGAUUCGGGUAAUGGUACUGUAUCUCCGGAUUGUGAAGUGGUUCCUGAUGCGAAAACAGAGCUGAACAAAAUAUCGAACAAUGUUCUCAAAGAGAAGCGGAAGUUCCGAGGAGGAUAUAAUCGCUCUGGUGAAACAGGUACUUUUCAAGAGAGAGAGCGCAAUGAUCAACGAACUUAUCCGGCGAACAGAAUGCAAAACGGCGGCAAUUUCACUUCUUCGCAACCUAGGCAGGGAAACUUUCCAAGGAGGCGAGCAGAUCGUUCUGGUCCCAUGAAUAACAUGGGAGCGCAGGAUGGUGCACCCUACUCAGAUUACUGGAGAUCAGACGGUCGAGCAAACUAUUCGCGUCCGAAUCGCUAUAGUAACUAUCAGAAUCCCGUUCCAUUCACUUAUGAACCUGGAGUCAGUCGUCGUCCUGGUCCACCCGUAUUAGGCUUUAUAUUUGCAAACAGGUAA